CUCUUUGCCAAGUGAGAGGCUUUGGUGACAUAUGUCACUUCAGUGAGUCUCCUGUCGCUCCUUUAGCUGCUUGAGUGGAGGGGCGGGCGGGGAGGCGUGUCCCUGCAGCAGGAGAGCAGCAACGUGAGGUGGAGGAGGAAGGACAUGUCAGGGAUGUUAGUUCAGAGAGAGUUGCUGGAAUGAUCCCCUGACGGUCCUUCACUUUUAUACGGACUUGUAGCGCAGCUGCCUUGAGCCUAUGUUAGAAGUGGACUUAAGAUGUAAAAUGACUCAAAAGACUGCUCUCUGUGCCUUACAAAUACCAAGUGACGGCAGCUGAUGUCCACAUUUUCCCCGAUCUCGGUUGUCUCCAUUAACCAGUGGAGAGUGAUGAGGCUGGUGGGGAGCCUGCAGCUUGUUCUGCUUUUGGCCUUUACCUCUGGAGCUUCAGGCCUCAACAUCCCUGCAGAAGUGGAGCAGCUUCCAACCAUAAUAACUCACACAUCAGGUCCCAUCAUUGUGCUUCCAUUUGACAACAUCACUAAUAUCAGUUGUGAAGCCAGGGGAAACCCACCACCUGAAUACAGAUGGACGAAAGAUGGACGAGAAUUUACACCUUCAGAAUUUGCGUUAAUCAAAACAGACGGCACGAGAGGCACUAUUGUGCUUCACAACAAGCGUCCCUUCCUGUUCCAGGGUAAAUACAGAUGCUACGCUUCUAACAAGCUGGGAACAGCCGUGACGGAGGAGAUUGAAAUCUCAGUUUCCAGUAUCCCCAAGUUCCCAAAGGAAACAAUUGAGCCCAUUGUUGUUAAGGAGGGAGACCCAAUCACCCUGAAAUGUAACCCACCAGAAGGUGUGGCCCCACGUCAGCUCUACUGGAUGUCUGUUGAUCUCCAGCAUAUUGAGCAAGAUGAGAGGGUUACCAUGGGAACUGAUGGCAACCUGUACUUCGCUAAUGCCUUACAGAAAGACAGCCGCUCGGAUUACGGUUGCUUUGCUUCCUUCUCCAAAAUUCGCACCAUCGUCCAGAAAACAGCCAUGGCAGUCGUGGUCAAGAGCUCCGACGGCCCCCUGGAGAGAAAGCCCAGCCUGCUGCUGCCCUCUGGUGUUCAAACUUUGAAGGUGUUCUUGAAAGGAGACGACAUGCAGCUGGAAUGUAUACCAGAGGGAUUUCCCACUCCGAACAUUACAUGGAUGAAAAUGGGAGACAAACUGAAUGAGCGGGUAGAACUGAGCAACUUUAACAGGCUUCUGACCUUACCUGCUGUGGAAGAGAAGGAUCAGGGGAAAUACACGUGCACAGCCCAAAACUCUGCUGGAAAUGAAGUCCACUACUUUGAUGUGAUAGUUGAAGAGCCACCGAAGUGGCUGACAGAGCCUCCUCAGAGCCAGCUGGCAGUGAUCGGAUCUGAGGUUCACAUCAAGUGCUCAGUCACUGGAAAACCAUCACCAGACAUAACGUGGCGGAGGAAUGGAGAAAUAUUCGAAGACGACCCCCAGAACAACAGGCAAGUCCUUGACGACACCGUGGUGCUCCGUAGCGCCAGACCAGAGGACACGGCUGUCUACCAGUGCGAAGCCUCCAACAAGCACGGCAGAGUUCUGGCCAACGUUAACAUCCUGGUCCUGAACAUGGCUCCACUUAUGCUGACAAGGGCCUACCAAGAGUACGCUGUAGUACUCGGAGGGAACAUCACCCUGAACUGCAGUGUUUUCAGCUCUCCGCCAUCCACCAUCUCUUGGGCCAAAGACGAGCAAAACAUCGAGGGGACGGACCGUUUUCUGGCUCUUGAGGAUGGACAGUCGCUGAAAAUCAUUAGCACACAGAAAGGUGACAGUGGGAAAUAUGUGUGCGACGCCACCAACACGGAGGGAUCAUCAUCCAUCACCGCUGUGCUGGACGUGAAGGAACCAACAAGAAUAGUAGGUCCACCUCAGCAUCUGAAGAUCGUCAGUGGGACAACAGCACAGCUGAGGUGCCAGACAGAGUAUGAUGAAAGUUUGCAGGACACCUUUAAGGUGGUGUGGAGGAAGGACGGGGAGGAGAUGCCACUUUCCGCAGACAGAGACUCCAGAUACUCCAUGGACACUGAUGGGCUGCAGAUCAUGAAUGUAAACCUGAGCGAUGAGGGCAGAUACACAUGCACCGCUACGACGAGCCUGGACGAGGACACUGCCGGCGCACUACUCACAGUGCUGGACGUUCCCGAUGCUCCCAGCGCAUUAGAGAUUAGUGAACUCAAUGGUACGAGGAAUGUCCUGCUGUCUUGGAUACCAGGGAACGAUCACAACAGUCCUGUAACAGAAUUUGUGGUGGAGUAUGAGGAGAGCCAAUGGGAGCCCGGAAGAUGGAAGGAGCAACAGAAAGUCGUCGGUAACCAGGCAACAGCCGAGCUGGCUCUACAUGGACAUCUUGAGUACCAGUUCAGAGUGUACGCUGUCAACGGCGUCGGACCCGGGCCCCCCAGUGAGCCCACGCCGCGACACAAAACAUCCCCUUGUGCUCCUUAUAGGAACCCAGAAAACAUCAAAAUUCAAGGCCCUCUGCCUCAUCAGAUGGACAUUAGCUGGCAGCCAUUGUUGCCCAUUGAAUACAAUGGCCCAGGCCUUGAGUACAGGGUGAGUUACCGGAAACUUGGGGUGGACGAUAUCUGGACGGAUCACCUGGUCCAAAGACACUCCUUCGUCGUGAGGAACACGUCCACUUUUGUUCCCUACGAGAUCAAAAUUCAGAGCAGGAACAGCCACGGCUGGGGACCAGAGCCUAAAGUUGUUACGGGUUACUCUGGAGAAGAUGUUCCCACUGCAGCACCGCGGGACGUAGCAGUGGAGGUGAUCAACAGCACCGUUCUGAGAGUCAGCUGGACCCCCCCUCCACCUCCUACAGUGCGAGGUCAUCUUGGUGGCUACAGUGUGCACUGGGUGAGGCAAAGUUAUCUGCUGAAUCCCAACAAGAUUUUAGAUGAGCACCACUCCAUGUCUUUCACUGGGAAGAGGCAGCACGCCAUUGUGCCCGGCCUGGAACCUUUCUCCGAGUACAAACUCACUGUCCACGUAUUCAACAAGAAGGGCAAUGGUCCCAAGAGCGAUCCGGUCACCUUUAGCACUCCAGAGGGAGUUCCAGAGCAAGUUCCCAUCUUGACCACCUCUAACAUGCAGAAAGACUCCAUUUUGCUGGUAUGGGGUCCACCGCUGAAGGCAAACGGGAUCCUCUCUGGUUACCACCUGCAAUACCACCUCAUUAAUGAGACUGCAAUGGAGGUGAUUCAGUCCCGAGAGGUUAAAAUCGCUGAGGCAGACACCACCAAGUGGCAGAUUGAGGGAUUGGAGCAGGACAGCCUCUACACCUUCAACCUCAGCGCUUGCACCCGGGCAGGUUGUGGACCUCCACGGGCCGAGGAAGGCAGAACAGUGACUGCAGCAGUUCCAGCCCUGUUGAACAUAAGCUCCUAUGUGAGUGACACCUUUGCCAAAAUCAGCUGGACUGCCAGAGAAGAGCAGCGUGACUCGCAGCUUUACGUGGCUUAUAUGAAUAACCGUGAUGGUAACUGGCGGAUUUCGGAGGCCGUAAGCGCCUCUCGGAGUUUCCACGUUAUCGACGGGCUCAAACCCGGGGCCGUGUACACCGUGCGCCUCAUGGCCAAGGGGCUGCUCGAUAACGCUAGCAUUUACGAAGACGUUAUCCAGACGCGUGUCAAAGGUGUGGCGACUCAGGGGAGCGACUUCUCGACUCAGGGCUGGUUCAUCGGGACCAUGUGCGCCGUGGCGCUGCUCACCCUUGUCGCACUCAUGGUCUGCUUUGUGCGGAAGAACAAAGGCGGCAAGUAUGCAGGUACGCCGCCGCCGCCCCAGCGCCAAGACAUGUCCUCCAUGGAAAAAGUGAAAGAGAAAGAAGACCUCCAGCCUGACGUGGAGUCACAAGCAAUGAAUGAUGACACCUUCUAUGAAUACAGUGACGGCGACGAGAAGCCGCUGAAGGGCAGGAGCUCGUGUUCCCUGAGCGCAGACGACGCGGCCGGAGAAGGCAUCAGCAGAGACAGCCUGGUCGACUACGCGGAGGGCGACGGGGAGUUCAGCGAGGAUGGCUCGUUCAUCGGAGAGUAUUCCGGACGCAGGCAGCGAGGCUCCGUCAGCGAGACCGCUCGACCCGGCCCUGUCAGCGCAUAAGGCCAAGCUCCAAUUGAGACUGUCUGCUUCAAAUCCUUCCAAGAGCACAUUUGAAAUUCCGCUUCCCUCGCAUUAAAUAGAGCUUGAGCAGCCAAACAGAGGGGAGGGGGGGUUAUAAAUGACGAGAAUAGGAAGAAAGUUUUACAGCAGGUUUUUUUCCCCCCCUCGGCCUGGAAAGGAAACAAUACAUGCACCAAACAAAUCAGUGUGAAGAACACAAGUCUUUGUAAAUAUUGUAAGAGAAUGAAAUAUAUCAUUUUAGUGUUUCAUGUUUUUAUUAAUAAAAGUGUUUUUCUACCUUUCAGUCACAAAUUGCAACAAUGUACUAUUCAUUGAUUAUGUAUUUUAUUAUUAUUAUUAUUAUUAUUAUUUUUUACACAGGAGUAGAUGACAAUGACGCAUACAGCAGGCGUAUGAUCAUUCGUUUAUUGAAGGCAGAAUCACGCUCAUGAUUUUAUAUGUGCUCAUAGGUGAUAUUCUGUUUUUACCUUUCAUUUGUUCUUUUAGAUGCAAAUCCCUCAAAGCAAACCGUUUGUAUUUUUUUCCAGUUACACUGUUGAUGUCCUUUUAAAUCUCAAUAUAUCAAA